UUCCGGCCUUUGUAUAGUUUAUCAUUCUCAGAGCUGCGGUUGCCAAUGUUUAGGAGGUGGUGUAAACUGGGCUAGGUGGUACCUCCUCUCACUUAUUCCUCCAUCUCAAGAAUUCCAGAAGAAAAGAACCAGGAAGAACUAUCAAGGAUAGAUUAUUUUUCUGAAUAGUUAAUUCGGCCUUUAAUGGCCACAACCCUGGCCCUUCAGACUGCAGAUAUGCAGGAGGAACCCCUGACAGUGAAGGUAAAGGAAGAAGAGGAGGACCAUUCCUGUGGGCCAGAAUCAGGCCUGUCAAGAAAUAACUGUUAUACUGCAGAGAUCUUUCGUAGACGCUUCAGGCAGUUCUGCUAUCAGGAGACACCUGGGCCCCGGGAAGCUCUUCGAAGACUCCGAGAGCUCUGCCAUCAGUGGCUGAGACCAGAAGUGCACACUAAGGAGCAGAUCCUGGAGCUUCUGGUGCUAGAGCAGUUCCUCACCAUCUUGCCAGAGGAGCUCCAGGCCUGGAUGAGAGAGCACCACCCUAUGAGUGGAGAGGAGGCCGUGACUGUACUGGAGGAUUUGGAGCAAGAGCUGGAUGAGCCAGGAGAGCAGGUCCUGACCCAUGCUCAUGAGGAGGAAAAGUUUGUAAAGGAGAAGGCAACUCCAGGAGCCAAUCAGGAAUCAUCAGGUGGCCAGUUCCAAACCUUGGAAGAGCAGCUUCCGUGUAAUUUGCAAGAAAUGUGCCCAGUACAGGAGAUUGAUGGCAAGGCUAGGACUUGGAAUGUGGAAUUAGCCCCAAAGAGGGAGAUUUCUAAGGAAAUAAAAUCUCAUGUACAAGUUUCUGGAAAACUGAAUGGUGAUAUUUCUCAGAUGACUGAAUGUGGAGACAUCUGUGACCGUGAAGGCAGAUUGGAAAGGCAACGGGUAAGCUCUUCAGCAGACAGACCCUAUAUCUGUGGUGAAUGUGGAAAAAGCUUCACCCAGAAUUCUAUCCUUAUUGAGCACCAGAGAACACACACGGGUGAGAAGCCCUAUGAGUGUGAUGAGUGUGGGAGAGCCUUCAGCCAGCGGUCAGGCUUAUUCCAGCACCAGAGACUACACACUGGGGAGAAGCGCUACCAGUGCAGUGUCUGUGGCAAAGCCUUUAGCCAGAAUGCUGGGCUUUUCCAUCACCUCCGAAUCCACACUGGGGAAAAACCUUACCAGUGCAAUCAGUGCAAUAAGAGUUUUAGUCGACGUUCUGUCCUCAUAAAGCAUCACAGAAUUCACACUGGAGAGAGACCUUAUGAAUGUGAAGAAUGUGGCAAGAACUUCAUUUACCAUUGCAACCUCAUCCAGCAUAGAAAAGUGCAUCCUGUGGCUGAACUGAGCUAGCAGCUUGGAACAGGUAGGG